AGGCUCCUACCAGGUGCAGACGUUUGCAUGAACCGCAUAAGUAUGUGAGAAAUGCAAAAAAAAUAGUUGGAAGGUUUCUUUCAGCUAUUUUAUGAUGCAUGGCAGCGCUUGCAGGCCGCGCGCCCUCAGCGCUCUUUCCUGAGCGUGAACGCGCUCGCAACGCGCUCUUGUGUCCGCGCGAUACUUCACUAUGCGUGAGACCAACCGAAGCUAACGGCUAAACGUCUCGCUAUCAUCUUCAGCGUAGGUUUAACGUGCACAAUAAACACACUUGGCACAUUUUCAUUUGCAUUAUUCACUUUGUUGGUUAUUAACGCGUUGUUUGUAAACGUCCAGCCAAUGAGUGAUCAUGUCUGGGGUGAAAAGAAAAAUAGAGGAUAAAGAUCCUGACUAUGAAGACAUCACACAGGUGCUGCAGAACAAGAGGAGUAAGGUGGUGGAACAAAAUGCCCGUGACGCUGCAGUGCAGAAGAUUGAAGCCAUCAUCAAGGAUCAGUUUGCUUUGGAGAUGAAGAACAAGGAGCAUGAGAUCGAGGUCAUCGGACAGAGGCUGAAUGAAGCCAGAAGAAUGAUGGACAAGCUGCGAGCCUGCAUUGUCGCUAACUACUAUGCCAAUGCUGGCCAGCCUAAAGUUCCAGAGGCCUCUAAAAGUGAUCCGUCUGUGCUGAACCACCCUGCCAUAAAGCGUUUUCUGGAGUCCCCCUCACGCUCCUCAUCCCCGCUGAACCAGAACUCAGAAACACCAUCACAGGUCCAGUCUGAGACAGAGUCCCUCAGCCAACACGGUGAGGCCGGAGAGAGAGAGACAGACAGCGGAAGAGAGGACGGGACUCCACGUGAACGGCGGCCUGGCAGGAAUACAGGAAAGGACACAUUUGGUGUGCCAGCAUCUUUAGAGCAGCAUGUGACAUUCCACACAACAGGAGAAGAAGUGUCUCGACUCUACGUGAAGAAAACCAUUGUCAUGGGAAACGUCUCAAAAUAUAUUGCUCCUGAUAAGCGUGAAGAAAACGAUCAGUCCACUCACAAAUGGAUGGUGUAUGUCCGAGGUUCCCGUAGGGAGCCCAGUUUUGAUCAUUUUGUGAAAAAGGUCUGGUUCUUCCUGCACCCCAGCUACAAGCCUAAUGACCUUGUGGAAGUCAGUGAACCACCGUUCCACCUCACACGUCGAGGAUGGGGAGAGUUUCCUGUCCGGGUCCAGAUCCACUUUAAAGACCAACGGAACAAGAGAAUUGACAUCAUUCACCAUUUAAAGCUGGACAGAACGUACACAGGUUUACAGACGCUGGGUGCUGAAACGGUGGUGGAUGUUGAGCUCCACAGAAGUUCACUGGAUGAUGAUUUCAUCUCUUCUGCCCCCUCAUCUUUAUCAUCAUCUUCCUCUUAUCUGCCAUUUUUGGGUGGGGCUGGUUCCUCCUCCACAGCUAGCCAGGGCUCCCGACGGCCCACCUCUCCAUCCCAGCACUCUAAUGAUGAUCAUCCCGGCACAGAAAGAGUUCCAGGUCUCUCUGUCAAGAGCGAAUCUGUGCGUACCUCGUGUUCAGAGCGGACCUCAUCCCAGUCCAGCAGGUCCGACAAAAUUACUCUGGAGUCCCACGGAAACUCAGCGUUUCAGCCGAUCAUGGCUAGCUGUAAGAUCAUUCCACAAGGACAGGUGCCCAGCCCCUCCGAAUCACCUGGGAAAACAUUCCAGCCAAUCACGAUGAGCUGCAAGAUUGUAUCAGGCUCUCCCAUCUCCACUCCUAGUCACUCUCCUCUUCCCCGGACAUCCUCCUCAACCCCGGUGCACAUGAAAUCCAGCCCGUCAGUCAUAAAUAACCCCUACAUCAUCGUUGACAAACCUGGACAAGUCAUUAAUAUGGCUGCAUCCGCAACUACAGGUAGUCCAUCGGCCAAGCAGAGCUGCACAUCCCAUGGUGCUCGAUCCCCUGCCCCUAAAGUUCACACCAGCAGCAUCCUGUCCUCUGGAGUCAAGGUAAUAAUCAAACAAGAACCGGGAGAGGUGCCCACUCAGCCGUCUCCACAGCAACAGGUCGUCUCCACAGCAGCAUCACAACCACAACAGCAGUACGUGACAGUAAAGGGGGGGCACAUGAUUGCCAUGUCGCCACAGAAACAAAGCGGGACGGGAGCUGGAGGAGGAGCCACGGCCAGCAAGGUACUGGGAAUUCCGCUUGGUUCUGCGGUCAAGCAAGUCUCGGUGAGCAGCGGGCAGAUCUUGGUUGCCAAGUCGAGCACAUCUGUGUCCAAGGUGAUAGGGCAGAAGCAGGUGGUGUCACAGGGUGUUGCCAAGGCGAUCGUCAGCAGCGGAGGAAGCAGUGCAGGUGGCGUUGCGGGACAGCCGGUGCACACUGUUACCAAGACAGUGAGCGGGUCCGGAAGCGGCAAGAGUGGAGUUAUGGCAACUCUACAGCUUCCAGCGAAUAACUUGGCAAACCUGGCCAACCUGCCACCUGGCACCAAACUCUACCUGACCACCAACAGCAAGAACCCAUCGGGCAAAGGGAAACUGUUGCUGAUACCACAGGGAGCCAUUCUGCGAGCUUCUCACAGCUCAGGUCAACAGUCUCAAAGUUCUGGCUCUGGAGGGUCUCAGUCCUCCAGUGGGUCCUCGGGGUCCAGCAGCCUACCUCCUAACUUAUCCUACACUUCAUACAUCCUUAAGCAGACUCCACAGGGCACAUUUUUGGUUGGCCAGCCAGGGGGCUCUGGGAAACAGGGAUCAAGUGGACAUGUGGCAUCAAGUCCCGGCACCAGUACUCAACAAGCUAUUCGAGUCACAGCAGGACAGAAAGCAGCCAUAUUGGCUCAGGUGGUGGGCGGGUCCCAGGGUUCUCAGGUGAAGCUGUCAGAUGGUUCGGUAAAGAUGGUAUCAGCAGCUGCAGCAUCCCACCUCACCAAACCGGGCACAACUACUCUGAGAAUGACAGGUGGAGUCAUCACUGCUGCUAGCUCCACCCCAACAACACCCAGCGCCACACCCACCUCUCAACAGGCACCAGAAGGAUCUGGCGGGUCCUCCGCCCAACCGUUGCCUCAAACAGCUAAAACGCAUCAUCCUGUGCUUGUAGCUGCCAAUCAAGCAGCAGUGAUCAGUGCUGCCAAGAGUGCCAGCUCAGCCGCCAACACAGCAAAGAGUUCUGCCCCUUCCACUGGUGCCGUAGCAACCGUUGCCAAGAUGGUCAGCAUGCCUCUUAUCGGUCUGUCGAAGGGAGCGGGCUCAACAGUUGUGGGUGGGUCCAAAAGCUCCAGCCCCUCACUGGUCACCGCGGCAUCUCUGCUUGGGGGAGGGACGGUUAGCGGGAAGACUGCUGCCACCAUCUCAGGUAUGCUAAAGUUGCACUCCGCUCAAUCUAGUUCCCAGCAGACUGUUCUGACCAUUCCAGGCAAUCAGCUGAAGCAGCUCAGUGUGGGCAGCGGCUCGUCGGGGAUGCAGACCAUCUUGAUGCCCGUUGGUAAAGUUGUGCCGUCUGGUUCCAAAGGUGCAUCCAGCCAUGCAGCUGCUUCCUCAGCGUCCACACCUGUUGCUCAAGUUAAAACGGAACCUGGAUUGGUUAGCCCCAUCUGUACUACCUCAGUACCCCAGACAUCUACCCCAGUCUCUACAGCACCUGCCUCCGUUCCCCUGACAACUACCCCUGCGUCUGCAGAUGGGGCUGCUACUGUUAAAGUGGAACAGGGCACAGAAUCUACAACACGAGAACUUAUCAACACUGAGCACAUAGAGACCAUGACCCAACUUCUGACAGCCAUAGUGAAGAAGUUCCCUCUGAUCGUCCCUGAGAAAAAUGAUGAUGCUCAUCCGUUCUGCACCACCUCUGUGGAUCAGUAUUACUCCUGGAACAUCGGCAAACGCAGAGCUGCAGAGUUGCAGCGUGCCGUUGUGGUACGCCGCGUAUGUGCCGAUCUGUUGGAGAGGACACCUCGCCUUCAGGCUCUCAGCCCCCCCAGAACUAAAGAGGUGGUGCACUGGUGCCGUCUCCGUGGUUACACACCCCCUGACCCGGAACCCCAGCGCGCAGAGGAGAACUCCAUCGAGGACAUUCUCACACAGAUCGACAGUGAGCCUGAGUGCAGUUCAACUCUUACGGGCUGUGAGGAGUUGUGUCAGCGCCUGAAACAACUCCAGAGGCUUCUGAAGGCGGAGCCUGAUGAAGAAGACGAUGAGCCUCUCGACAUCAUCAGCGUGAAAGACACUGACGCCGCAAAGGUUAAAAUCAAACAGGAGCAGGAUGAGACUGAGCAGGAACCCAAUUUUUUCCUGGGCCGUUGCCCGUCGACCCAGUUCAUCAGAGACACAGCAGAGCAGAUUGGUGCCACGUUGCAGCAGGUGGAAGUGGAGAAGAACGUUUUUGCUCCUGUUGUGGAGACCAUGAUUCUUAAGGCGGUGGAACAGUUCAGCAGUGAAAUCCUGAGGGAAUCUUUGGCCAACGCUCAUGGGAAAUCCCCACAAAACAGACCUCCGAGGGAGAUAUCAGCUAUGGAUGUGCAUCAAGCCAUCAGUUCUAUUCCCACCUGUGAUUUCCUAACUAACAGGUACAUGGGCAUCAUGAUGAAGGAUGAAAGCCACACUGACUAACUUUCAUCAUUGGACCUCAGACAGACAGGUGGAUUGUCCAAACACACAGUGACUCCCCCACAUUGUGUAAGGGUGGAAAAUGUCUUGGGGUGACCAAUCACCGACAGAGAUCUCCUCUAAAAUGCAAGUGUUAUUAUGGGAAAUAGCCAUCAACAAGACAACAGCUGUGUUAUCUAUCACACUUAAUAUUGUGUUAUGAACCCACUGGCAAAGGUCAUGACCCAAGUAAACAUGUCACCACAUAUCACCAAACCAGAUGGGACUGUCAAGUCAUUACGCAAAAGCAAAAGCACUCCAUUUAUUUUUUAUUUUUUAAUUCUGUGGAAUUUUCUGAGGACUAGUAUCUUAAUACAACCAUCAGUACAAUAACUGAAGUUCAGUUUUAGUUUAAAGUUUAAAUUAUAAAUAUAUACCGCAUGUCGGGUCUUAACAUGCCCUCACUCAUCAAUUUCACGCAAAGCAAUGUCAAAAUAAAGUCUUAAUCUUGUCGUUUCAUAUAAAUGUGGAAAAUGUUUGUACAGUUGAGUACAAGAAGAUUAAUGAUUGGAUAAACUUUGAUCUGUGUGUGUGUGUGUGUGUGU